UGACGUUUUGACUUUUUUGACGAAGGCUUGUUGAUAUUUUUUGGCGCAAUGUUUUUGUGAAUGCAUAUUUUCUAAUUUUAUUGUGUGGACAAAGUAAAUUGAUAACGGCAAAAUGCCGGCAUUCUUGAAGUUUAUUGAUAUGGAGAAUUUCAAGUCCUACCGGGGUCAGCACCGGAUAGGACCGCUGAAAUCCUUCACCGCUGUCGUUGGACCCAAUGGCUCAGGUAAAUCCAAUUUCAUGGAUGCCGUGAGUUUCGUGAUGGGUGAGAAGACUUCCUUGUUGCGUGUGAAGCGUCUCAGCGACCUCAUUCACGGAGCCUCCAUCAACAAGCCUGUGUCUAGAUCUGCAUCAGUAACAGCUACGUUCAUCCUGGAAGAUUUGACUGAGAAGAAGUUUCAGAGAUCAGUCAUUGGACAGUCCUCUGAACACAAGAUUGAUGGACAAUCAGUCUCCAUCAGCCAGUACUUGUCAGAACUAGAGAAGCUGGGCAUCAAUGUGAAGGCCAAGAACUUCCUGGUGUUCCAGGGGGCGGUAGAGAGCAUCGCCAUGAAGAACCCCAAGGAGAGGACCGCGCUCUUUGAGGAGAUCAGCGGCUCCGGCGUGCUAAAAGAGCAGUACGAAGCAUGUCGCGCGGAGGUGAACCGCGCGGACGAGGAGGCUCAGUUCUCCUACCAGAAGAAGAAAGGCGUCGCCGCCGAGCGCAAGGAGGCCAAGUUCGAGAAAGAGGAGGCCGAGAAGUACACGCGGCUGCGGGAGGAGCUGCAAGAGCAAAAAGUGGAGCUACAAGUGUUCCACUUGUACCACAACGAGCGAGAGAUCCAGAACUUGGAAGAGGAGUUGCAGCACAAGCACUCGGAACUGGCCAAGGUGGAGAAGAAGAAGCAGAAGGCAGAAGACGCGCUGAAAGAGAAGAAGAAAGAGUCCGGCGCCAUGCAGCGGGAGCUCGCCAAGAUUGAGCAGGAGAUACGGGAAGUGGAAGCCGACAUCUCCAAGAAGCGGCCGACCUUCAUCAAGGCAAAGGAGCGCGUGACUCACACGCAGAAGAAGCUUGAGAGCGCUCUCAAGACCUUGGAACAGGCCAGGAAGGCCCACGAAGCCCAUCAGGCAGACAUACGGAAAUUGGAGGAGGAACUAAGGGUGGUGGAGGAACAGAAAGCAGUGUGGGAGCAAUCCAUACUGGGCAGCAACCACACGGGACGCGCUGACGUGCACUUAGAGGAGGCUCAGAUCCGCGAAUACGAGGAGCUGAAGAUGGAGGCGUCCCGUCAAGCGGCGCGUUACUUACAAGAGUUGGACUCGGUCAACCGCGAGCAGAAGGCAGACCAGGACAGGCUGGACAACGAGCUGCGACGCAAGGGCGAGUACGAGAAUAAACAUCGACAGAAGGGACAAGAAAGGAAUGAAGCUCAGAAGCGUGUGGAGAAACUGAACGAACACAUCCGCAGCUCGGAACAAGCUCUGGAUGAACAGCGCAGACUGCGUGCAGAGCUGCAGGCGGACGUGGGGUCGUGCCGCGGGCGCGCGGCCGAGCUGCAGGCGCAGCUGGAGGACGUGGCGGCGGCGCUGGGGGACGCGCGCGUCGACAAGCACGAGGAGGCGCGCCGCCGCAAGAAGCAGGAGAUCGUCGAGAACUUCAAGCGGGAGAUACCCGGCGUGUACGACCGCAUGAUCAACAUGUGCCAACCGACACACAAGCGGUACAACGUGGCUAUCACCAAGGUGCUCGGCAAGUACAUGGAAGCCAUCGUGGUGGACACGGAGAAGACGGCGCGCCGCUGCAUCCAGGUGCUGAAGGAGCGCAUGCUGGAGCCCGAGACCUUCCUGCCGCUCGACUACAUCCAGGCCAAGCCGCUCCGGGAGAGGCUCAGGGACAUACGAGAGCCAAAGAACGUGAAGCUGCUCUUCGACGUGCUCCGCUUCGAGCCGCCCGCCAUCCACCGCGCCGUGCUGUUCGUCACCAACAACGCGCUAGUCUGCGAGACACCUGAGGACGCCUCCAGGGUGGCCUAUGACCUGGAUCGGAACAAAAACAGUCGCUAUGAUGCUUUGGCGCUGGACGGCACGUUCUACCAGAAGUCCGGCAUCAUCUCCGGUGGCUCCCUCGACCUGGCGCGCAAGGCCAAGCGCUGGGAUGAGAAGCAUCUCUCACAGCUGAAGGCUAAGAAAGAAAAACUAACAGAAGAGCUGCGUGAGUCAAUGAAGAAGUCCCGCAAGGAGUCGGAACUGACCACGGUUGACUCGCAGAUCCGGGGGUUGGAGUCCCGGCUCAAGUACGCCAUCACCGACCGGGACACCACGCUGAAGCAAAUCAAAGCUCUGGAUGCAGACCUCGCGGAGUUGGAACGGAAGAUGGACGAGUUUGGGCCUCAAAUCGAAGCCAUCGAGCACACGAUCCGCGCACGCGACCUCAAGAUCCAGGAGAUAAAGGAGAACAUGAACAACGUGGAGGACGUGGUCUUCCGCGCCUUCUGCAGAGACAUCGGCGUCGCCAACAUCAGACAAUACGAGGAGCGCGAGCUGCGCGCGCAACAAGAGCGCGCCAAGCGGCGCAUGGAGUUCGAGGCGCAGAUCGACCGCAUCGCCUCCAACCUCGAGUUCGAGCGCUCGCGGGACACGCAGAAGAACGUGACCCGGUGGGAGCGCACGGCGCAGGACGGCGAGGACGAGCUGGAGACCAGCCGCCAGGCCGAGGCCAAGCAGCGGCAGGACAUCGACCGCGAGCUGCGCAAGGCCGAGGCGCUCAAGGCCGACCGCAACGCGCAGCGGGCGCAGCACGAGGCGCUCGAGGAGGAGGUCAACAAGGCGCGCAAGGAGCUGACGUCGAUCCAGAAGGACAUCCAGUCGGUGCAGAAGCAGAUAGCCAGCAUCGAGGCGCGCAUCGAGAGCAAGAAAUCCGACAGGCACAACAUACUGCGACAAUGCAAGAUUGACGACAUUCAAAUACCUCUGCUGGAAGGUGUGCUGGACGACACGGCUGACACGGAGUCCGACCCCUCCUCCAUGUCUACCACGCAGCAGUACCAGAGAGAAUCCAGGAUCCGCGUGGACUACAGCGGCCUCCAGGAGUCUUUGAAGGAUCUGGAGGAGCCGGACGAGAUCAAGCGUAAGGCUGACAAGCUGCAGAAGGCCAUCAACUCACUGCAGAACACCGUCGACAAGAUCCAGGCGCCUAACAUGCGGGCUAUGCAAAAACUGAACGAGGUGCGUGAGAAGGUCAGUGCUACGAAUGAAGCCUUCGUCGCAGCCAGGAAGCGCGCGCACAAGGCUAAACUAGCUUUUGAAAAGGUCAAGAAAGAACGCCACGACAAGUUUAUGGAUUGCUUCGAACACGUCGCCAAUGAGAUCGACGCUAUUUACAAGGCGCUAGCGAUGAACCAGUCCGCCCAGGCCUUCCUGGGCCCUGAGAACCCUGAGGAACCGUACCUGGACGGUAUCAACUACAACUGCGUGGCGCCCGGCAAGCGCUUCCAGCCAAUGUCCAACCUCUCAGGAGGAGAGAAGACCGUCGCUGCGCUCGCGCUGCUCUUUGCUAUACACAGCUACCAGCCAGCCCCCUUCUUCCUUCUGGACGAGAUAGACGCGGCCCUGGAUAACACCAACAUCGGCAAGGUGGCGUCCUACAUCCGCUCCAAGAAAGGAUGCCUUCAAACCAUCGUCAUCUCGCUCAAGGAGGAGUUCUACGGGUGCGCCGACGCACUAGUCGGCAUCUGCUCAGAGCCGGCUGACUGCCUGGUCAGCGACGUGAUCACACUAAGCUUGGAGCAGUAUAGCGACUAAACCUACACAUUAUGUUAAAAUACAAAUAAUAUAAAACUUAGUGUUCGUUUUCAUUCCUGGCGGGUUAAAAUGGCCACAUCGAAGCAAUUCAUCUAAGAAAGCAAUAUUGCUAUUUGACAUUUGUUUGCAUUGCGCACUUACUUUCAUAUGCGCUAAUGUCAAAUUGCAAUAUUGCUUUCUUAAAAGAAUUGCUUCGAUGUGGCCAUUUUAACCCCACGUUCGUUUCUCAAAUUUGUCUUUUAUUUUUGGAUUAGAUUUAAGACGUACAUUUUAUGAUAUGAUAAUUUAAUAAACUGACUAUUUGGAAA